AUGGUGGCCGCUUGGAAGGCGGCACGGACCACUUUUCUGGUGAUGGUAUUCACGCCCUCGAUCGAGGGGACCGUCGACGAUAUCGACGUGGACGUGCCGCACGAUACCGCCGCCCUCGAGAGGGAGCUCGCUAAGCUCAACGCCACGGUCGACGCGAAAAUUGUCGAGAAGAAGAAAAAGAAGAAGCUGGACGUGGGCACCCACACAUCCUCGUACACAUUGCUUGGUGGCUUGAGCGGAGUAGGAGGAUGGAACAUGGAUUGGUAUGGGUCCAAGGACCAAGGCUGGGGCAAAGAGGAGGGCUGGUCCUGCGAGCCCUGCUGGCAGCGCUACCUCGAGCGGCACAAGCAGUGGUACCUGGACGCGAGCCCUUCGGUCCGGUGCUCCUCCUGCGGCGUGCGGGAGGAGGACAGCUCGGGCUGGAUGGGCGACGGCGACUGGCACUGCGAGGGCUGCUGGCGGGCCUGGUUCACGAAGCAGGGGUUUGAGGAGUGGUACAAGUGGAACAUCGAGCGCUGGUAUGCCCAGAGGGACGGCCACCUCGACUUCAUCGAGAUCGGGACGUCGAACUAUAGUACGAUCACCCAGACCUGCGCGGGGCACCACGACGGCAAGAAGGGCAUGUGGAACCUCUUGCCAGAAGACAAGUCCCUCCGGUGCAUGCGGGGUCUGGCAGUGGACAUGCAGCAGCAGUACCUGCGGCAGCUGCCGCAGCUGCCGCACGUGGCCAAGGUGUGCGCCGCGGUGUCCGAGUUCGACGGCACGAAGCUGAUGGAAGACGUGCCCGCUCGGAGAGGCUUAAGCGCUGGGAGGCCAUCUUCGUGCGCAACGGCAACCGGAGGGGCUACAGGGCGCUUCAGUUGGCUCGGGGCUGCAGCGCCCUCUGCAAGCACCGCGUGCUGCGGAAGGAGCUGGGCAAGGUCGGGCUGCGGCACCUGCUCUGCAGGCGGCGCGUGGCUGUGCGGUCCUUGCCCACGCUCCUGA